AUUUUUAAACAUCGCGCGAAAAAGAAAAUGAAUCAGCUAUUUUUCAGCGGAAGCACCCGCGCAGGAUGCUGUUGACAGAUUUGUUUAAAAAUGUCGUGUGAAACGUCAUUUACGCUACUACCACGGAGCAACAUUAGUGUUGUAUAUAAAUACCUCUCCGAAAAGCACUAAGAUGAUUUGACCAGUUCAUUCACAAAAUUAUUGGAAGUGCGAACGAAUUUUGCGAUAAUCAUUUCGCAAUCAUGAACUGGGUCUGUGCUGCUAGUUUGCUCUUCGCUUCCGCGGUUGUGGUCUGUAGCUCGCCUAUUUGGUACGAAAGUCUUUACCGCGGCGGUGCAUAUACUUCCGAUGCGGUUUUCCCCGGCGAACAAUACUGGACAUCGGAAGAUGGUGAAUGGCGAGCCUUCGCCUACACCGGGAUACGAUACGCUUCCGCUAAGCGUUUCGAGCCUUCCACCUUGAACCGUAAUCAUGAUUACUUGCGCAACACCAGCCAACCUAAACGCGGAUUUGUGUGCCCACAAAUCGCUAAUGAAGCGCCGUAUUCCAGUGGCGUACCACUGCCGCUAAACGAGGACUGUCUGUAUCUGGACAUUUAUAUUCCACCUGUGUUUAAAAAUCACCAGAAUCUCGGGUGGUCAAAAUGGCCAGUUUUGAUGUGGAUUCAUGGCGGUCAAUUCAAAAUGGGGCACAAAGAUGCUUACAGCGCCGGGAAUUUGGCGAUGUCCAGUGGAAACAUUGUUGUUGUGCCUAAUUAUCGUCUCGGACCGUUUGGUUUCCUAAGUACCGGCGAUCACGUGGCAUCCGGAAACUGGGCGCUGUACGACUUAAAAUUAGCCGUAAAAUGGGUGCACAACAAUAUUCAGGGCUUUGGAGGCGAAAAAACGAAGUUGACCUUAGCUGGAGAACGGGCGGGUGCAGCUUUGGUGUCCAUGCUUUUACUGGAUGACGAUGUGCGAGGGUUGGUCCAUGGCGCAGUGACCUUUAGCGGUAAUAUGUUUUCUCCGUGGGCAGUCCAGUCGGAUCCCGCUGCUGUAACAAAGAGGCUUGCCAUUGAUGUGGGUUGUUCCAAUGACACGAAACUUCUUACUGCCUGCCUAAAACGAUUGACCACGGUCGAGCUAUUGGAUAGCGCGGCGAGAGUGGAACGACAAAUGACCGAUCUGCUGGGAAAUUCAUUAUGGGCUCCCGUCGUCGAUGGAUUGCAAAUCCAGUUUUUACCGUCAUGGUUGUUGGAUGGUCCGACGUGGGUGUUGAAAGGCGGCUACGUUACGGGAUACUCGACCAAUGACGCAGCUUGGCCGCUUUUAAAAAAGAUUCCACGGGUCUUCGGUCACGGUACGAUCGAUCAGGAAUGGAUUUACGCAACAUUCAUUCCAUCGCUCCUCGAAUUCGUUCAGCGCCACUGUGACAAACCUUCCAAUCAGCAACAUAUGAUCCAAACGGUGUAUGACAAAUAUGGCUUCCUGUCAGCCAACAGUCCUGCCCAGUUGACAGAGAAGAUUCUGCGGUUGACCAACGAUGUCUUUUUCGUCAUACCGGCAAUCAAGGAGAGCAGCAUGUAUGCCAAACAAUCUUCGGUGUCGACAGGCAAUCAGCUCUUCGUCAUAUCCAGCGAUGACAGCUAUGAAACAAGAUCCAUAUCGCCCAAUCCGGAAACAGCGCAUUUGUUCGGACUGGUCCAAGGGUCCACGUUGAGUAGUAAUCGCAGUAUCGAGGCGGUCAGCCGCGAGCUCCGCCGCCUAGUGGGACAUAUUGUUCGUUACGGUACCGGCUUUGGAACCCAGUUUAACCAGAAACUUGGCAAUCAGAUCAUUCUUGGAAAUGGACACGAGUGGCAAAGUACAAGGUCCAAUAUGGACGAACUGUUAAAGUUUUGGGAGCCUCUCCAUAAAGCUGGGUGUGCUUAAAAUUUUCACAUGGCAACAAGUUUAUUUUGAUCACUUAACGAGUUUAAGUAAUUGCUUCAAGUUACCGGUCUCGAACGAUACUAGGGCCCCACUGCCUUAUGUGCUGAACUGGUGUUUAUUUUGUGCUAACUGAGUUGUAGUAUUAUCGCGUUUUGAGCUCCUGCAUAUUAUACUAAAACCGGUAUCCAGUUUUUAAUAAUAAUAAUAUAUUUGUGAUUAUGAAUACACCUUUGUGGUGGAUUUUAAGUAUUUUUUUCUGUGGACUGGAUUAUACUGCACUAAUGCCCAGU